AUGGCCCUGGAGAAGUUACCGGCUAGCAUCUGCCACAGGCACAUCACCGUGAUCACGAGGAACCAGUCAGCGCUGGCAGCAGUUGGACAGCCGCGGCAGCAAUCCGGCCAAAGCAUCAUACGGCAAAUCUACGACUUGGCCAGGCUGCACCGACAAAGAGGAAACUCAGUCAACUUUCUGUGGAUACCAGCGGAGAUUGACUUCGCGCUAGGGUCAGAUGCCAAGGCAGCAGCCCAGAGAGCGUCGAAGCAAGGACGCACACCCGACUCCCAAAUGCCCCAGGCCAAGUCUACCGCGAUGAGGCUGGCAAUGGAAAGACAACGGACGACAAGAGUUCUACCUGUAAGCGUGGGCAAGUUCUCAAAGGCCAUGGACGCAGCACUACCAGGCAAGCACACGCGCGAUCUCUAUGACAAGCUGAAGCGAAGGGAGGCCUGCGAUUGGGGCGGUCGAGUCAGACCUUUGUGCCUGUGGACAAGCGAGGGAAUCAGUGGAACACUUUCUUUUCCGAUGCGUGAGAUGGACAGCUCUGAGGGAAGACAUGCUGCAAUGCACAGUGGCAAGACGAGGAAGCCUCUCGUUCUAUCUGGGAGGGAAAGCGCCAUCAGAUACAAGGCAUUGGUCACCAGAUAUGAAGGCAGUCCGGGCGACGAUCAAAUACGCAAUGGCAACAGGAAGGCUGGAGCUGAAUGA